AUGAGCUCUUACGUAGCCAACUCAUUGUUUAAGCAAACUCACGAGGCGUCAGCCUUCGCUUUGAACAACCAUGGAUACGGCUCUAGCCCCGAACUCAACUUGUCAGGCUACUGUGGUUUUGGAGGGCAUGAUCACCGGGGGUCAUUCGCGUCCCCGCCGUCUUCGAGCGCCCUUGGCAUGGUAGAGAUGAACUCUGGGCUGCAUGGCAAUCCUGGCGACCUUACACUACGACCAGAGUCUUCCACAGGAGACGCUUCCCAGAGACGCCACAUGAACGAGCAGACAAGCCGCCAGGGUUCUCUAAAUCUCGGACUGUAUUGUCGCAAACCCGAGACGGACUCGGAUUUCAGCGAAAUGCAUAUCUGCAAGACUCAAACAGGCGAUAUCAAAGUCGUAACUUUGCAACCCGUCCAGCCAGUAAGACAAGGAAACCAUUCUACUCAGCCACAAACCAGCGAACCGCAACCACAAAUAUAUCCCUGGAUGACUAAACUACACAUGGGUCACGAUUAUUGUUCUCUCAAUUACACUCCAGAGGCUGACGGUAAAAGGUCAAGGACGAGUUACACGCGCUACCAAACUCUGGAGUUGGAGAAAGAGUUCCAUUUCAACCGGUAUCUGACGCGUCGUAGGCGCAUCGAGAUCGCCCAUACUCUCUGUCUGAACGAGAGGCAGAUCAAAAUCUGGUUCCAGAACCGCCGAAUGAAGUGGAAGAAGGACUCAAAGCUUAAAAUUAAAGAGUCAAUCUAAAACAUGGAGCCAUUUUCAAACGUUAUCAACGUUCCUUAGAGAUGUCAUUCAAAGACUGUCAGCACCACCCAUGUUUCCAAACAGUGACUUUUGUGAUGCGAUGUUUCAGUGUGA